CAAAAACCUACAAAUAAUAUUCCUGAUUUAUGUAUAAUUAUUCAAAGAAAAUAUGUUUAUGCUCGAUCCGGGGCCCGGGUUUCUAGAAUUUUCUCGAACUCUAUUGGAGAAAAAAAGCGAGGUCAGGGGUUGACAUUGGGUAAUCCCUAAGCGCGGGGUUUCCUCCUUAGAAUAGGUUUUUAGCACAGUUUCUUUAAUAUAUCCUCCACUAAUUGUCAUCAAUACCAAUAUUAUGAAGUACAACGCAUUUAUGUAUCGGUUCGUAUAGAAAUAUUGUUGAAAAUCCGCCAAUAUUCUUGUCAGGCAGGGUCCACUUCCGCGCAUGCGCACUCUGCUUCUAGAGCUUUCUUCACGUGGGUUGUACGGCGUGCUGUCUCCUGAGUGCCACUUCUUUUCCUUGGCCUUUCAACACGAGCAGGACUGAGACUCACUGCUAAAGACUCACUUCAGACAUGGCAAAGGCAUUCCGGAAAUUUCUCCCAAUGUUCGACCGAGUGUUGGUCGAGCGUUUAGCAGCAGAGACCGUGACGAAAGGAGGCAUUAUGAUUCCAGAAAAGGCCCAAGGAAAAGUGCUGCAGGCCACAGUUGUGGCUGUAGGACCUGGAAACACCAACAAGGACUACUACAGCUGGCCCGAUGAGUCAUUCGAGGAGAUGGACAGCACGCUGGCAGUGCAACAGUAUAUCCAGCAAAACAUUCGCUCAGACUGCUCCAACAUAGAGAAGAUCUUGGAGCCUCCAGAAGGACAGGAUGAAGGAGUGUGGAAGUAUGAACAUCUCAGGCAAUUUUGUCUGGAACUCAACGGCCUGGCAGUUAAACUCCAGAGCGAGUGCCACCCAGACACGUGCACCCAGAUGACUGCCACCGAGCAGUGGAUCUUUCUUUGUGCUGCUCACAAGACUCCAAAGGAAUGUCCUGCCAUUGACUAUACCAGGCACACUCUGGAUGGGGCAGCAUGCCUUCUGAACAGCAAUAAGUAUUUUCCUAGUCGCGUCAGCAUUAAGGACUCGUCCGUGGCGAAGUUGGGCUCCGUGUGCCGUCGCAUCUACAGGAUCUUCUCCCAUGCUUACUUUCACCAUCGCCAAAUAUUCGACACGUAUGAGAACGAGACGUUUCUGUGUCACCGCUUUACCCGCUUUGUGAUGAAGUACAACCUGAUGUCUAAGGACAACCUGAUUGUGCCCAUCAUGGAGGAGGAGAACCAGAGCGGCUCUGCAGCUGAGAGUGAAGCCUGACCUGCACCACUGCGGAGCAUGCUGAACAACUAGAAUUCAGAUACACACUUUUUUGUUUUUGUUUUAACAUCUACCAAAAAAAACAACAACUCAGAAGCUCUCUUGUAUAUACGUCUCACUCUUGCACUCCAGCAUAAAAAUCUGUCAGGCUGCAAGAGGCUUUCCUUUGCGUUUUUCUUUUCAUCCUAUAUAAACAAGUGUGGUGAUAUUCACCCUUUCUUUACUUGUUAAGUUAUUGUGUGGGUGGAGGUGUUUUUAUCUAUUUUUUUGCCUUUUUUUUUUUUUUAAACUAAAGUUAGAUAUUUUCAUUAUGAUAGUAAUAUAACACACCUCAUACCCAGAGCUGGCUCUGAGCCGUACUGUUCAGUGGACUAGCAGAUAGAUUGAGUAGUUUUUCAUGUUUGUCAUGUUUGUGAAUAGACAUGCAAAACAAUUGUGAAUAAAUUGACAAGCGCAAUGAGGGAAUAUCUGUUUUAAUAAAAAUAUUAACUCCAA